AUGAAUCAUUCAACACAAUUAUCCUUGUUGCUUCUGAUUUCUUUAACCUUUAUUUCUCAUGCCAUUUCUGGUUCACCCACACCAAGUACCAAGUUGUAUGAAGUUGUAUGCAAUGAUGCUGAGAAAGACCACGAUCGUUGCUUGAAACUCAUACAAGACACCCCUGAAAUCACUUCAGCAAAAGACUAUCCUACCCUUUGCAAGGCCAUCUUUCGUUUGGCAGUAAAGAAGAGUACAUCUGCACAAAAUGAAGUGCAAAAAUUGGUUGGAAAAUACCCUUCUUCUAAAGCCAUCAAAGAAUGUGCAACCUUUGAUUACGCUCAUUUAGUUCAGUCAUUCGGACUGCUUAUUAAAGAAGUGGAUGAGGAUGCUAAAAGUGCAAACUAUGAUGCAUUCGUAAAUACUGAUCAUAUUGAUGAAUGUGAAACUAAACUCAGUAAUGAACACACAGUUGAUCCUACUAUUAAUACAAUUAAUAAUGAUAUGAGAUUUCUUUGUCAUGUUUCAUAUUUAGCCACAAACCAUCUUGAUUUGAACUGA